GAAAAACGUAAGAGAAAAACCGCGCUUGUGUCGGGGUAGUCUGUAAAUUCAAGACAAAAAUGCUCAAACCUUUCAGAAAGGCUCCAGCCUUGAAUACAGCCAACUUACUGCUGGUGGAAAACGAGGAAGAACUUCAGACAAGGUUAGCUGACAUCAUCGUGCAGAAUGAGAGGCAUGUCAACAUCACAGUGCGACUGGCCCGAAAACUCCCUCUGCCAGAAGAGAACCAGGAUACCCGUCCACGGAUUGACCUCAUAGUAUUUAUAGUAAACCUCAGGUCUGAGCGCAGUCUUCAGUCUGUUGAACAGUCCGUUAAGUAUCUGGACCCUGGAUUCUUUUUGGGGAAGGUGUGCUUUGUGGUCACGGGUGCUCGUUGCUUAUCAGUCACCAGUAACCGCUUGUUGACUGUGAGGAAGUUGGCUGCAUCUCUGCACUGCCCAUUGCUGUUUGCAGAAGACCAGACAAAUGAAGGAGUGAUUACAGUUGCAGUGAGACUACUUGGUAUACUUAAAGUGGCUGCUGGUAUGGUUCCCUUGGCAACAGGGCUUUAUCUCAACAGUCUGAGUCAUUGCAUGAUACCCUCUGACCUUGAGCAAAAUCUUGACUGACCACCCUGACGAGAGGAGCUCAGUUGGAUUUAAAUGUAUAUAUGCAUCUGCCGUUAAACCUGUGACUGUCCUUGUCUUUGUGUGUGUGCAUGCAUGUAUGUGUCCCCUACAUGUAGGCCUACUUUUUAAUGUGUGUAGGCCUAUGUGUGGGUUAGGCAAUGUAUAUAAACUGUAUUAUUUUGUAUUUAAGCUACAUCAGUAUACUUGCUGAUCUACUGACUAUUUCUUUUGAAUAAAAAAACCCCAAAAAAU